CCACGAGGUUCUCGUGAGAUUCGCCUCGACACCAAGCGCCUGUGUCUGGCAGCACCGGUGUGAGACAAAGAUACAGUCCUUCCCCAGCCACCCGGAUAAUCAAGAGUUUUGGCCGGACCCUUUGAGCACACAACGAGAUAGAAUGAGGAGCCAAGCGAAAAGCACAGACUAUGGCGUUAAAAGGGAUUAAUAAGGAACUUGGUGAUUUGGCCCGUGAUCCUCCAGCACAGUGCUCUGCAGGUCCAGUUGGGGAUGACUUGUUUCACUGGCAAGCCACAAUGAUGGGACCUAAUGACAGCCCAUCUCAAGGCGGUGUAUUCUUUUUGACAAUUCAUUUUCCUACAGACUACCCCUUCAAACCACCCAAGGUUGCAUUUACAACAAGAAUUUACCAUCCAAAUAUGAACAGUAAUGGCAGCAUUUGUCUUGAUAUUCUAAGGUCACAGUGGUCUCCUGCUUUAACUAUUUCUAAAGUUCUUUUAUCCAUUUGUCCACUGCUAGGUAAUCCGAACCCAGAUGACCCCCUAGUGCCAGAGAUUGCACGGAUCUAUAAAACAGACAGAGAUAAGCACAACAGAAUAUCUCGGGAAUGGACUCAGAAGUAUGCCAUGUGAUGCUACCUUAAAGUCAGAAUAACCUGCAUUAUAGCUGGAAUAAACUUUAAAUUACUGUU